AUGAACGACGAAAACGAGGCAGCAAUUGAGGGUGUCACCUCAACCAAGAGCCCACAAGAACAUACUAUAUAUCGCGGUAAAUCAGUCGAAGUUCCUUCAAAGCUAGCACUUCGCCGACAAAAGACUCACGCCGACGACAACCAUUCAGUUGGGACUAUUUCGACUUCAUAUUCCAAGGCCCAUUCUGCUACCUUUUCGGCUCCUCACUUCGACUUCCACAUGCAUUCUCCAUCGGCGACGACUCCAACCACAUCUCAACCUCAAAGCCCAACAAGGCUGACCUCUGCGCCGGGCCAAGCCAUGGAGCUUGGUCUUGUUGGUAUCGGGGAGCAUGUGAACGCGUUGCCCUCAGGCAAGUUCGCAGAUUUGCCGAUUCUUUCUCGAGAUUCCCGCCUACCAGAUUCCCAGCUCCCCUCUGGCGGAGCUAGUACUCCGACUGGUAUCUACAGCGCGGCUGAGUCACCGAUUAGUGCUCGAGAGUCCGACUCUGGUUCUGAUAUCUGUCGCUCUGAUUUUGAUUUAGAGAGUGCUGCCAACAUUGCUUUAUCCCGUUCUCUUGGGGUGUGUCUUAACCGACUCAGUCACCCUCUUCGUGUCAUCGAGGCGUUCUCCAAGUUUAAAGAUCAGUGCGUCGAAAUUCUGCAGCAAGAGGAAACGUUCUCGACAAUUGACUGGGAUGAUGACGGCUUUUCCUGCUAUGACGUCGAAGAGGGAGAUGCUAGCGACGGCAACUCGGCAUUUGAUGAGACAUCAAAUCGAGCUCAACAAUCAGAGUCAGGAACAAAGAAGCGACCGGCUGAAGAGCGAGGCGGAGACGAUGAGCACGACGAGAUGGACGAGAAUGCUGGAGACAUAUUAGCGCUGAGCACGGGGGGUGUACUUACUGUGGGCAACCGCGAACGGCUGGAGGCCACCCGCCUGAAGUUUGUCUUCGCAACCGACGGUUAA